AUGUCCCCAGACCCGGAACCGCAAGAUGGUGCGAAGACGGGCUCCGACGACGCCGGCGACGAGGAGCAAAGGGAAAAUGGAAGCAGGGCCAACGACGCACAACUACAGCACCAACAGGAAAUUCACGAAUAUGUCGAGCGCAUAGAUGCCCUGGAAGCCAAGCUUCAGUUUCUUGCGAAGGAAGCUACAGACGUAGCAAGGAAGGCGGUAUUGGCCGCGCCCGCGGGGAGUGCUGAAAAGAAGCUGGCCGAAAAGGAUCAGCAGAUUGUACAGCUGAUGGAAGAAGGCAAGAAUUUGGCGAGCACCGACCACAAGCACCGUGCCCUUGUGAAGAAGCUGCGGACAGACGCGGCCAAGAACGAGAAGGAGCUGGAGGCCGCCAGGAUAGCCAGGACCAAAUCCGACAAGGAAAUCGAGGACCUGCAAAGCCGAGUACGUCGCACCCAGGAGCUAGAGAAGGCACACGAGGAUUUGCACAGGCGACUUGACCAGACACAAAAGGAGGUUAGCACACUGCGACCAGAAAUCCGUUCCAAGGACAGCACCAUCGCCGAGCUCCGUUCCCGGCUUCAAAAAGCCAACGAGCAGGCGGAUGCCAUGAAUACCAAGGCGAACGAACAAGCCCGGGAACUAGACAAGCGGCGGAUAGCAGACCUGGAGGAGGAAGUCGCGGCGCUUAAAGUUGAGAAAACCCUCGUCGCCGACCGCGGCAAGGCGCAAGCUACCGAGUUGCGCGAGAAAGCCGAGAGGGCUAGUGAGCGGGCGCGGGUGUUGGAACUCGAACUCAAGGCUGAGAUGCAGGUGAUGGAGGGCAAGCUCGAGGCCAUGCGCACGCGGGCCGAAGAGGCGUCGUCAGGUGUCGCCGGGGACUCGCAAGCCAAGUUGCUUCGGCAGGUCGAGACGCUACAGACACAGUACUCGAUCGCGAGCGAGAACUGGCAGGGCAUUGAGACAACACUGCUGGCACGGAUUACGGGGCUGGAGAAAGAGCGGGAUGAGGCGCUGCAGAGGGAGUCAGAGAUGCGGAGGAAAGCGCGGGAAGCAGCUGUUCGCGUAAGGCGCCAGGAAGAGGAACUGGACGAGGCUAAGACCAAGAUUCCCACCAUCCAGGAAGACGUCAAAUCCUACCAAAGCCAGCUCGACUCACUCAAGAAACGGGCCGAAGAAGCCGAGUCGGCACUCGCCAACACGAGAGCCGAGUUUGAAAAGCAAAAACAGGCUUGGGAAGCCGAAAAAGAAGAACGCCAGCUGCGCGACGUCCCGGAACGCCCUCGGUCCUGGCUCGAGGGCCUCCCGGGCGGCUCGUUCCUCAAGCCCGACAGCCGACCGGCCUCACCACAACUAACCAACCCCCAGCGGACCUUCAGCACCGACUUCCUCGGCAUCACGACGCUCGCCAGCAAGGGCCGCAAGACCCCGGGCACCAGCGAUGCCGGCGGCGGCGGUGGCGCCCUCGCCGAGCCGCGCAUGUCCUUCUCCCGCCGCCCUUCGGCCCAGCACCCGCCCAGCCGGCCCACCAUCAAUUCCAACCCCAGCGGCGGCGGCAGCGGCAGCAACGGCGUCUUCAGCCCGCUCGGCGUGUUCAGCCCGACCUCGGAAGCCCCGGCCCCCUCCAUCACCGCCCACCACCAACACCCACUCGACAUGAUGGAAGUGCAGCGAGGCGAGGACGCCUUCGAGGGCGGCGCGUCCACCAGCCGCGCCAGCCGCGGCCGCCAUCUCCACGGCCAUCACGGGCACAACGGCGAGCGGUCGGCGUCGCCGCAGCAGGUGCUGCAGGACAUGGUGUCGGUGUCGACGGUGGCCGCCGGCCCGUCGGUGCAGCUGGUGGAGCGCAUGAGCGCGGCGAUCCGGCGGCUGGAGAGCGAGAAGGUGGCGGCGCGCGAGGAGCUGGCGCGCAUCUCGCGGCAGCGGGACGACGCGCGGGCUGAGCUGGUCGCGCUGAUGCGCGAGGCGGAGGGGGGGCGGGCGGCGGGGAAGAGGGUCGAGGUGUUGGAGGGGGAGGUGGCGGUGAUGAAGGAGCGAGAUUUCAAGGCUAUGUAUCGGGAUCUGGUGGAGAGGACUAUCAAAUGA